AUGAAAUAGAUAAUAUAAUGUCAGAUGGUAGAAAGUGUGAAUGAUUUAGUUUGCUCUAAUAAUCAUUUAAAUAAUAAAGCAGAAUUUGUUAUAUUAGAUGAUUAAUUUAAAGGUAAAGAAAGAUUAAUUUGCAAAAGUUGUUAUUUAACAUUAUCAUAAUCUCUAAAUAUUUUACCUUUAGAAGAUGCAAUAAAUGUUGUUUAGAAGAAAAAAAAUAAUUUAAUAGAUAAUCUUGUUAAUCAAAUCAUACCUUAUAUUCAAGUCUUAGAAUAAUUUGUCUAAAGUAUCGAAAAUCUUAAAAUUAGCAUCAUUAAUAUUCUUGAUGAUAUCAUAAUAAAAAUGAAUAAUUGGAUAUUAGAUAUUGAAUCGUUUAAUUAUAUAAAAAGGUAGUAUAGUUUUUUAGAAGAAGUUGAUAAUCUAACAUAGACUAGUAAAUAUAAAGAGUUCUAAUAGUAAUACAUUGAUUAGAAAUUAAAUAAGAAUAUUCAUAAAUAAUAAGUAAUUUAGAUUGUUAAAUAAAUUUAAUCACUUUUGAAAUUAAUAUUAGAUGAAAAUUUGAAGCAAAGAAUAGAAAAAAUAAUUAAUUUAAGAUAGACUAAUGAACAAAAUAAAUUUAAUGAUCUAAGUGGAUUGAAUAUUAAAGAAUAAUCGACAAAUAUUACACAUGUAAUGAAUUAAGAAAAAGUAUGUUAUGGGCUUGCUUUUAAUAAUCUUGGUACGUUGAUGGCUGCUGGAUGUGAUAAUGACAUAAAAAUUUGGAAAUUUUAAAAUGGAAAAUUAAUUGAUUCUUAAAUAACUUUAUAAGGACAUAAGAAUUGUGUAAUUUGCAUAGUAUUUAGUCGAAAAGUUAAUUGGUUUGCUUCAGGAAGUCAUGAUUGUUAAAUAAUAGGUUGGAAAUAGAUAGAUUAAAAUAAAUGGCAUUAAUCAGAAUCAGUAAAAAUUCAUGAAAAGAGUAUAUCAUGUUUAGUAUUGAAUUAAAAUGAAACCUAACUUAUAUCUAGCAGUUGGGAUAAUUCAAUUAAAAUAUGGAUAGUUGAUAGUAAUGACAAUUAUUUUUAAUAUGAUUAUUCACUUAAUAAACAUGAAAGCUAUGUUUAUUGCUUAAGUUUAAACUAAUCAGAGACCAAUUUAGUAUCUUGUGAUGAUAAUGGUUGCCUUAUUAUUUGGAAUAAACAUAAAACUCAAAAAUGGAUAUUUUCUCAUGUGAUCUAGAAAACGGUUCAAGAUAUUGGAUAUCGUAUAUGCUUUAUACAUGAUAACUUAAUUGCAUGGUAAUAAGAUAGUUUAGGUAUAACACAUUUUUUUGAAUAAGAAGACGAUUAAUUUAUUCAAAAAUCUUAAUACUCUCUAUAAUUAAAAUCUUUUAAUUCCUCAGAUACUUUAUAUUUUCCAUCUAAUUAUAAUCAUAAAAGAUAAACACUUCUCUAAAAACAUUCUAAAUAUUUGUACUUAAUCAAAUUAAAUUACAAUCAAAAAUUAACAAUUGUUGAUUGUUAAAUCUUGGAUUGCAAUCAUCACUUAAUUUAUGGAUCUUGGACAGAGGAUGGAAGAUAUUUAGUUUUUUGGUCAAGUUUAGAAAAAUAAUUUAAAGUAUUUCAAAUUAAUUAUUCUAAUUGA